UCUCAGUUCUCAGCUGUGAGUUGGAGCUCUUGGCAGUCGCCACUGGAACUGGAGUCAGUGUGAUUUUAGCGGUGGCAGCGCUAAGGUGAAUGGUGCAGUGCGUGUAGCAGCAGCGGAGCCGGCUACAGUGUCGUUUUUCGCUCAAUUUCCUCCAAAAAAUAAUCGUGGGACUAGAAUUAUUCAUGAAUAAUUCCAGAGUAGUGACUGUUGCAACUUUUUUAAGGGUGUGAGGGCAAACUUCAACCUUCUGGUGUUGGGAGAGAGCUUCAUUGACAGGAAGAUUAUUUGUUCGGAUUCUAUCAAUCUUUUAUUAAUAAUAAUUAUUUCUAAAUUGAAUCCCUAUAGUGAAUUGUAUUAUUGAAUAAACAUUUAAUUCAUUGAUAUUCAAUCCGUGAGGAAUAAUACAUUUUCAGGAAUGGUUUGCAAUAAAUACCCUAUUGUUCAAGUGUGAGGGAACCUUCUACCUGCAAAUUUUGUGAGAGUAUUGAUUUUUUGGGAAAAAUUUGUUGUCAUAGAGAUCUAAUCUAAUUUCCUGGGCUCUCAUGUAAUUAAAAUCGCCGAGAAGAUAUCACCACUAACAAUUAUCAAGGACCAUUAGUGAUAGUAAUUCUGAAUAUAAUUCAAUCCAGUAACAAUAUAAUUGGAACAUUAUUGUUAUAAAAUGACAAGAACUGUGGAAAUGUGUAGCAGACAAAAAAGGAAUUAUAAAAAAGUGAAUUGUGUAUCACAAUUUGUGUUUAUAAGUAGUUUAUUGACAUUUCUUCUGGUUUCUUCAGUUGAUGGUCAGCUAUCACAAGAGCAAGGAGAGGAUGGUCCAAGGUUGAGUCCACCCCACCAUUACACACGUGCUAUUCAGAGGAGCUACAGCGCAGCGAUACGGCCCGAUGCUCAACUACCGGACCAGGUGAGCAUCGAACAGCUGCAGCCCGAAGACCAUGACCAGGAAGACGCACCCCCACCCCUGCAACGACUGAGGCGAUCCAGUGACGAAAGCUACCACCACGAAGAGGGAGACGAAGAAGAAGACGACGAAACAAAGGAUGGAGCAACAGAAGACGAUCAACAUCCCAAGGCGCAACACUUCUUCCCCUCGUUUGCGCCACUCUUCUCCCCGCCGCCCCUGGGGCACUCCCGGCCCUCCUUCUACAACCAGGAGUCAGCGUUCAGUCAACGCCCUAGUUACCCCGGGGGGUUCCGGGAUUUAUCAUAUCCCCACGCUGUAGCUGAAUCUGAGAGUAGUACCAAUGUUUUGGGGUCAGGAAACUUUGGGGUGUUACGUGGGGGGACGUUUUUCGCGGGGGAAAGGGAUGAGUUAUUGUCGGACGAUUUGUACUCCCCAUAUUUUCACGGGGGAAACAACGGUCACGGAAGACCCUCGUUCUACCCCCGCAACCCCCAACCUAAUUACCGUCAACAGGGAGACGAUUUUUUCGCAAAUUUUCGGGAUUUUGCUGAUAUCAGUACACCUACAAAGUCGUCCUACUCACAGUACUACGUAGUUUACGCGCGACAGAACGCUACCAACGAUGAACAACUCCCCAAACCGAAAAUGGUCGACGAAGAUGUAGAUUAUGAGGAUGGUGGGUCUAAAACGCUCACAAAUAACAACACACCUCAGCAACGACCCAGAAAUAUCAUGGAGCAGCUCACUCUACUGGACACCACAGUGUCCCACCCACCAGCACAGCAACCACCCAGAAAUAUCAUAGAACAGCUCUCACUACUAGACACCGCUGUCUCCCAACCCUCACUACAACGACCCAGAAAUAUCAUAGAGCAGCUCUCCUUACUGGACACUGCUAUCUCUCAGCCAUCUCAACAUCAAACUCCUAAAAAGUUUUCGAAACGUAAGUUGAAACUUCACAUCUAUAAGAAGAAAUUGGAGGAAAAACAGGAUAGAGCAGCGGUAAAAAGUACUGUCUCACCGAAAGAUAUAUAUGACCCUCUUUUGGCUCUGAGCUGAGUGGGGAGUUUUUGAAUCAAAAGUGAGAUAUUCUGUUCAAAAAUUGUGCUUGAUAUGUGAAGCAGUUGAUAUUUUCGAUGAUAUUGACUAGUUUCAGAGACUGUGAGUAUCCUACCAGUGAAAUAGAUAUGUUAUACUAGUGAACUAGUGAACUAGUAAUCCAGUAUUUCAAAAUACUAAUGAACUGAUGCGCUAGUUAGGAUAAAAUGUUUAGAAAUAACUUUGAAGUCACUGAUUUUUUUACUGAUAUUAUCGGGAAGCUCUUAAAAUUAUUCAUAAAAAUGAGUAUUCUCAGCAGGAAGAAAACACCGACUAUUGGUUCUGGUUGUUAUGUGAAUAUUUACACAUUAUUUGAAGUAUACCAAUGGGUGAACAUUCUCAUAACAAUCAAUCAUAGUAAUUUCUUCCUUCUCAGAAAAUUCUUUGCAAAGCAGAGUUCCACUUCAAAAAAUGUGACCGAAGAUUAAUAAAUUUGUCAGUGAGAUUUUUAUAGCUGCUUGAGAGCAUUGGAAGAAAUACGAAAAACAGUGACUAAAAAUGUAUUACUAUGCAUUUUAUAGAUUUUGAUGAGUGCACGCUUGAUUCUAAUAUUAGAAUAUUGGAUGGGCAAUGAAUGAGAAUGAUGAAAGUAUUAUUUAUCAGGAGGAAAAUAAGUUACCUACCUUAUUAUAGGUCAACUAAAAAAUUGAGUUCAACUUUAAUUGAUUGAAGUAGUGUUGAAAAUAUGCUUAUAUAGUAGAAUUCUUAUUAAAUAUGCAGUACCCACUUGACAACUUUGAUAAAUUCCUCCUAAAUAAACUUCUGCCAGCUGUAGCCUGUAGUUUGGUAGAAAUAAAGUUACCACAAAAAUGUAUUCUCCAGAAGUAAUAAGUGAUAAAUUUUUAUGAAAUUCAAAAUAUUACUAGUCAAAAUAUUCUGUGAAAUUAAGGAACAAUUCAGGAAGAUAAUUUUAUAAUAACAAACUUUUUGACAGAAAUUGCAAUAUUGGAAGAAAUAUAAAAUACGGUACUAGCAAAUCAUUGUUGCAGAUCCGGCAAUAUUUUUGCAACACAAUCAUCCAAGUUGAACGCUUCAAUUUAAUGGGAAUAACACAAAAAUAGAUCUACUUAUAUAGAGUGCUCUCUAAUCCGUUCAUCCACUUUCGGUAAACAUGAUUAGUGAUUCAAUUCGAAAUAGAGAAAUAGAAAUAGCGAAAUAGAGAAUUGAGAAUUGGAAAAUUUUAAAUAGCAAACAUAAUAUUAAGAGAUCAGGAGUUACCAGUUUGUUUAUUAAUUAAUUAAUAGAUGAGCUGUUUCACGUAAACCUGUUUUAGUUCCUGAGAAGUCAAUUCUUAUUUUUAGGCCUAUUCACUCAUCUACAAAUAAAAUGUAUUCGAAUAUCUUUACAUCGAGAAUAAAUUUCCCUUCCAGGCAAUGUUACCAGUUCAUUUGUACUCGUAGAAAAUUUGU